CCUCCCUACCAUGGCGACUGUGACAGCCACAGCCACGGCUAUUGCGGGGACGACCCCUAUGGCGACGCCCACAGCCAGCAAACAACAUACAUCGAGGCAUGGACAAGCAGACUUGAGUGGGAGCGGGACAAGCCAGAAGACGACGGCGGGGGACAUGGGGGACAUGGCGGCGGCGGCGUACCUUCUUCCGCCUGACACGGCACUCAUCCAUGACUCAGUGGGAGGAACGGAUGCUGUUGGAAGUGGAGGAUUUUCUGUAGUUGUUCGGGCAUCGCUUCAUGGCAGACCAGUUGCGGUCAAACUCCUUCAUUCGCUCGCUGGGAAUGGUUCCAUCAACUCGGCUCAUUCGCACAAGGCAUUGGAAUCGAUGGGCAAGUUCAACAAGGUCAACGAGUGUAACGAGGUCCACAAGAGCAGCACCGAUCAUCAUGGUGAUUGCUCGUCGUCUAUCACCUCAUCGUCGACUACCUCUGCGCAUGGUCAAUCUUCUCUUGGCUCACAUCCGUACGGCUGUCACUCUCACUCUGGCUCGGGUGGAAGAGCUUUCUCAUCCAUGCAGGACACCAUCUCGGAGGCUUCUGCUGAUGCCAUGUCGUCGGGGACUGUUACUGCCACUGCCACCGCUACAGGCAUCAUGCCGUCAUCUGCAGGGACGCCUACAGCCCGGGCAGACUCGCGCUCUUCGCAUGCUCGCUGUCAGCAGGAGCAGCUGGCUGCCGCCCACGCGCCGGCGCAGGACGAUCCGUUCUGGCGCGAGGCUGCCCUGCUUCAUCGUUGCGCCCACCCGAAUGUGGUUGCCCUCGUCGGUGCUCGCCCGCUCCCGCCGCCGGCUGCCAUCGUCAUGGAACUGGUGCUCGGCGGCGAUCUUGCUGCCGUAAUCCGCAAGGCAGCGCUUCGCCGCGCUCUCACUCCGAGCGACAAGCGCACUGUGCUAGCCUCUGUUGUUGCCGGUCUGGCACACAUCCACUCGCUCGACGUCAUGCACCGCGACAUCAAGCCUGCAAACGUGCUGCUCGUUCGAGAUCCGGCCUCUGGCCGCAUCACCUCUGCCAAGAUUUGCGAUCUCGGCGUUGCUCUUCCGCUCGACCAUCCGGCUGUUCGCUUUUCUCGCGCCGGCACCCCGCGCUACAUGUCGUCUGAAGUUCACAUGGGCCAGCCCAACACACUCUCGUCCGAUGCUUACUCGCUUGCUGUCCUUGCCUGGGAGCUCCUCGCCCUCCGCCGAGCAUUUGCCGCUGGUCGCGACAAUCUCCACGCCCCGCCGGGCGAUCUUGCUGUCUUUGCGCGCUCAGACCUUCUCUCUCCGUCUGCCGCUGACGCGCUCUCGGCCGCGCUCUCACCGCUCCCUUCGGAACGGCCAUCGCUCGCCGCACUUUCUGCACUCCUCACGCACGACGAACCCGCUUCUACGCCUGCUCUUGCCAAGCCCACGGCAGUGCCCGUAUCCAUGCCCACGAUGCCGCCUGCGCCCGUCAUCGCCCACCCUCACUUCGCCAAGCGUAGCCUUGUUGCCCGCCCCACGCAGCGCAACGAGGCUGCAGAAGAAGAAGAGGUCAGAAAGGCGAAGGAACUCAAGUCGGAGGACGUGCUCGACUCGGAGAUCAAGCGCAAGAAGAAGGAGAAGAAGCUGCAUCGCAGUGUCGAUACCGAAGAGGCCAAGCGCCUCAGCAACACAGCUUCUCGCUCUGAGGCCGAGGCCAAGGCCGUUGCCGAAGCGCAGGCGCAGGUGCAGGCACAGGCGCAGGCGCUGUCACAGGCACAGGCAAGGGCGCAGGUUACCGCAGAGGUCAUCCACACCCGCAAGCGCAUUGCAGCCAAGCGCAGUUCGCAAUCCAGGUCCAAGGUGGUCGAGCGGAACAAGGCACACCGUGUCCCACCCGCUCCCGAGCCCGCUGGCUCGAUGUCCCCUGGUGCCUCCCCUUCCCAGGUCCUUCGCCAUGGCCGCCCUGCUGUUUCUCGCCGCGACAUCUCCGUGCCUGGCCCACCUGCUGCGCCCAAAGAGGUUGUUGCAGACUCUGUCUCCGACGCCUCCGACGUCUCCGACGCUUCCGACGCUUCCGACGCCCCCUGUUCAUCCUCACCCUCGGGGUCCGACGUGGCUGCCACCCAUGCUGCCGCCUCAGCUCGACUCGCGGCCGUGCUUAAUGACUUGGACGAGAUCAACGAGCUGGGCUCAUCCGCUGCAGAGGAGCUCACGGUCCAGUCCCAGGACAUUGCCGCCUCGUCAUCAUCUGUCCUGGCGGCUGCACCCAAGCCUUCCUUCUCGCAUCGCUUGUUCUCAACCAUCGCCAAGGUCACCACAGUCUUCUCGGGCAAAUCUGACAAGCAAGCCGCACUCGCGCCGCGUUCCUCCUCCCGUGCCGUCACCUCGAGCGAUGAUGACUUUUUCUAUGACGAUGACGAUGCUGCCGGCGAUGAUACUGCCGUCCUUCGCCAUGGCCGCCCUGCUGUUUCUCGCCGCGACAUCUCCGUGCCUGGCCCACCUGCUGCGCCCAAAGAGGUUGUUGCAGACUCUGUCUCCGACGCCUCCGACGUCUCCGACGCUUCCGACGCUUCCGACGCCCCCUGUUCAUCCUCACCCUCGGGGUCCGACGUGGCUGCCACCCAUGCUGCCGCCUCAGCUCGACUCGCGGCCGUGCUUAAUGACUUGGACGAGAUCAACGAGCUGGGCUCAUCCGCUGCAGAAGAGCUCACGGUCCAGUCCCAGGACAUUGCCGCCUCGUCAUCAUCUGUCCUGGCGGCUGCACCCAAGCCUUCCUUCUCGCAUCGCUUCUUCUCAACCAUCGCCAAGGUCACCACAGUCUUCUCGGGCAAAUCUGACAAGCAAGCCGCACUCGCGCCGCGUUCCUCCUCCCGUGCCGUCACCUCGAGCGACGAUGACCUUUUCUAUGACGAUGACGAUGCUGCCGGCGAUGAUACUGCCGAUGACGACCUUUUUGACGCCCGCGCCGUUUCCUCUAUUGGAGUCGCAGCCAAGGUCGAGGAUACCGAGCCCGAGCCCGAAUCUGAGGCCAGGCCCGAGGCCAAGCCCGAGUCUGAAGAGCAGGAUGAUGACGAAGAGGAGCUCUCAUUCGCCUCCGACCUGGGCGCCUUUCCUACCGCCGUCGCCGACCCGCUCGCUUUCGACAGCCCUGCCCCGCCUCCGACCUCGAGCACAACGUGGUCAGAUGCCGGUUCUGGCUUUGGUGCCAGUGCUGGUUCCGCCUCUGGUGCUUGGUAUGGUUUAGACGUUGGUCCUAGCAUUGGCGCCAGCUUUGCCGCCACCGGCGGUAUUGGUGGCUUCUCUGCCGCUCCUUCUCCGCCGGCCGCCGCACCCCUUGCCCUCGAUGUCGCCUCUGACUCGGACGACGACGACUGGGAGUCGGACGACGAGUGCGUCAUUCUCGACGCGGUGGCGCCAGCACCGGCUUCGACGCCGCCUACACCGCCCACCGCCAACCCGCAUAUCGCCAUUGACGACGUCCGUGAGUCUGCGUCUCUCUCUUGGGAGCCGCUGGAUGCGGCCCUUGUGGAUGCAGGCUGGGUCUAUGAAGUUGUCGCCACCUCGCCAGCAUCACCGGGCUACGCCCCUAUCUACGGUGGCUGCGCCACCUCAGUCGUCCUCCCGCUCCCUCCUCCUGGCACCACGUUCUUCCUCCGUCUUCGCAAUGCAUCGGCAGUCUCGGAGCCUCUGCCUUUUAGCACCCUUGGCGAGCAACUGUAA